UUGACCAACGAACUCCCACGAAACGAGUGCUCUGAUUGGCCAUUGGCUAUGUUUUGGUAGGUUGAACCGGAAAUAUAUCGGCCGCCGGGUAAUAGUUUGAAUGCAUGAACCUACUGCUUCGCGGUUCUGAGAUAAAAUUGGAUAACUCAUAUUAAUAAGGGAAACAUCACAUUACCAGUAGGACCAGAUAGAAGAGAUAGAUGGAUUCCAAGUAUGAAGUAAAGACUCCAGACUUCUCUCAUCUCACAUCUGCUGACUUUGAGCAUGUCUAUGAGCCAGCUGAAGACACAUUCCUUCUCUUAGACAGUCUCCAAGAAGAAGCAUCUUUCAUUCAACAUAUGAAGCCAUCUGUCUGUGUUGAAGUUGGAUGUGGAUCAGGGGUUGUGAUAACUGCUCUCUCAAAGCUUUUAAACCAGUCAGCGUUAUGCAUUGCAACAGACAGGAAUCCCUAUGCUGCACUUUGUACUCAGAGGACUGCAAAACAAAAUUCAUGUCAUGUUGAGGUGAUGAACUGUGACCUCUUGACCCCAUUGGAAAGAAGGCUCCAAGGAUCAGUGGAUAUUCUUAUAUUCAAUCCUCCUUAUGUUGUGACCCCAUCAGAAGAGAUCAAGAGCAAUGGCAUUGAAGCCUCCUGGGCUGGAGGGGCAGAUGGACGUGAGGUAACAGAUAGACUGCUUCCUCUUAUACCUAAACUACUCUCACCUCAGGGAGUCAUGUAUCUUAUAGCCAUCAGAGAGAACAAGCCAAAGGAGUUGAUGUCCUGGAUAUCCUCACUGGGCUUUAAAUCCACUGUGGUCCUGGCAAGAAGAGCUGGUCCAGAACACCUCUCUGUCCUCAAGUUUUAUAGAGAUUCAUCAGUGAGAUGAGUGUCAUUACCUAGUAUAAAGACUCAGACUCUAUUAUUCCAUGAAGCCUGAAGCCUUGGCUAAGUUGGUCAUUCUCUAGCUGUAUCAGGAGCAGCUAAGUAUAAGGGCUAGAGAGUAUAGUCUAACAAGUCAUACAGUUCAGACCCUUAUGUAUGCAUUAUGAACAACGGAUCUGUGCUUGUCACUUAGUCAUCACUUGGCAAAGUUGGCAAACUAUGACCAGUCUUUGUAUGUUUAUAAAUGAGAUGGGUUGGAACACCACCCUGAUCGGAUGUGAAGGUGAAAACCUGUUGGUUGUGAUCCAUUUUUUAUCCAAAUCUUAUGCCUGUAUAAUUGCUACACAUUGUUCAUCUAUUAACUCUCCUUCUACUCUUCCAGAUUGUAUGCAGUUACAAACCCAAAAGAGGGCCGAAUAGUUGUACCCCCACAAUUGGGUGGCCAACUGGUGUAAAA